UCACAACUUCUCCAGCAGCUGUGGAGUGGGACCUCUGUGGUGUCACGCAGUACCAACGAGCAACAAACGGCCAAAAUGUAAAGGAAAAGCAGCCGAACACCACUUUGUGAAAGUAGGUGUGCAGUGGAGAGGUGUAGCCGUCUUAAAAAACGAAUGCGUAAAGUUGUUGCGCAGCGGGGACGCGCGAUAAUCUGUGCGUAAAAGUGAGUCAAAGAAGACAGAAGUAAAACUUGUGCGGUGGAUGAGACGUUUGCUCGGCCGUGAUGGAUGCGCCAGUGAGCCUCCGGGACGUGGUGAGAAGCUGACAAAGUGAAGAAGAGUCGUUUCAUUUCCUUUACAGUGGAUGUCUGGUUUCCAGAGUUUGGCGACGGAGCGGAGCGAAACGCGCAGCGGGGCAGCAGAUGCUGGACAGUGACUAAGCCUUACGGCUGGAAAGCUCAUGAAUUGAAUUUGUCUGGGCUGCAGACUUUAUGUAAGAAGUAGGACAGGCAUAACACCGCCCAGCUAGUUCUUUCCGUCAUGCGUAGAGACGCUCGGCCGUCCAGCAUCUCGUUGUUAUGAUCGCCAUCAGCUCUGAACGUUUAAUUCUUCACAAAGUUGCAGCUGACUUAUGCCACUGCUCCAGCAGGAGUUAGUGGAAAGUUUUACCGUUUACAUCCUUCUGUCUACCUCUUCUCAACAUGGACGAGAGUGUUGAGUGUGCGGCGGCCGACAGCUGCUCGGACGGGGAGAGCAUCAACCUCAGCGUGCUCAACUGGGAGCAAGUGCAGCGGCUGGACACCAUCCUCACCGGCUCCAUCCCCAUCCACGGCCGCUGGAGCUUCCCCACUCUGGAGGUGAAGCCGCGGGACAUCGUGAAGGUGGUCCGCAGCCGCAUGGAGGAGAAGCGGAUACAUGUCCGGGAGGUGCGACUGAACGGCUCCGCGGCCAGCUACGUCCUGCACGAGGACAGCGGGCUGGGGUGGAAAGAUCUGGACUUGAUAUUCUGCGCCGAGCUCAAGGGAGAGAUGGAGUUUCAGAUAGUCAAAGAUAUAGUGCUGGACUCUCUGCUGGACUUCUUGCCCGAGGGAGUGAAUAAAGAAAAGAUCACACCAGUGACCUUAAAGGAGGCCUACGUGCAGAAGAUGGUGAAAGUGUGCAACGACUCAGACCGCUGGAGUCUCAUCUCGCUCUCCAACAACCGCGGCAAGAACGUGGAGCUCAAGUUCGUGGACUCUCUUAGACGGCAGUUUGAGUUCAGCGUGGACUCCUUCCAGAUCCGCCUGGACUCCCUUCUUCUCUUCUACGAGUGCUCGGAGCACCCCAUGGCUGCCACUUUCCACCCCACAAUCCUCGGGGAGAGUGUCUAUGGCGACUUCCCCACCGCCCUUGAUCACCUGCGCAAGCGCCUCAUCUGCACCAGAAGUCCCGAGGAGAUUCGAGGUGGGGGUUUGCUGAAGUACUGCCACCUGCUGGUGCGGGGUUUCCGCGCAGCCUCGGAUGCUGAGAUGAAGCUGUUGCAGCGCUACAUGUGCUCGCGCUUCUUCAUAGACUUUCCCGAUGUGAGCGAGCAGAGGAGGAAGCUCGAGUCCUACCUGCAGAAUCACUUUGUAGACCUGGAGGACAGGAAGUACGACUAUCUGGCCACGCUGUACGAGGUGGUGCAGGAGAGCACGGUGUGCCUGAUGGGCCACGAGAGGCGUCAGACGCUCAGCCUCAUCUCAUCGCUGGCGCUGCGGGUCCUGGCCGAACAGAACGCCAUCCCCAACGCCGCCAAUGUCACCUGCUUCUACCAGCCGGCUCCUUAUGUCUCAGAUGGCAACUUCAGCAACUAUUACGUAGCGCAGGUUCAGCCUAUCUACCCUUGUCCUCCCUCCCCUCCUCAGCAGUACAUCCCCCCUCAGCACCAUCCCAUGUACGCCACCUGGUUGCCCUGUAACUAACCUUUCUGUACGUCCAUGCGCUUUUGUGUAACUGGUGGAACCUCCUUAAAAGGGAUGGAUCCUUUUUAUCUCUUCUCCUUGAGAUGGGAAAUUGAGGGAAAUGAGAGAAGGAAGAACAUGGGACAAAAUUAGACAGAUAAAAGAUGAGAAUAAAGGAAGGAAGGGAAAUGAGGACAAGGAAGUUGGAUCACGGCCGUGGGCCAGAGAAAAGCUUCUCCCGGGGGUAGAGUGUCACAGCAGGAGGAGCUGAGCACACAGGGAGAGACGCCAAUAAGAGCAGCUGACCUAUCACUUAUAGGGUUCUCACAUCAAGAUCGACCUGAUCGACCCUCGUCGAUCAGGUCAACGACAGCCUGGAUAUGAUCAUAUUUUAAGGAACUCACAUUUGAAGUAAUGAACAUGUAUGAUAUCGGCAUCCUCUUCGCAUUAACAACCAAAACAAACUCAUACACAGUCGCAGAGAGUAACGGAGGACACACAUGACGUACUGAAGGUAUUGAUUUAUGGUCAAACAACAACUGCAACCUUCUGACCUUUUCCAUGUGCUUGCACAGGACUCUUUUUCACAGACAAUGCAAAAUGAGGAACUGGAUACUGUUUACAAAUCCAAAGAUCUACUUUGAUACUCAACUUUAUCUGAAUUCUGAGACACACACACACACAUACACACACACACACACACACAUACACACACAACAACAAAAAACAACAGAACAAUGCAUGCUUUAUUUCUGUACAGGAAUAAUUUUCUUUAAGUGCCUAGAAAGAGCCUAAAGGGAAAAGAUAUUUUUUGUGAUUCUUUAUCGUAGAGUUGAGUCGUCUAAUUGUCUCAUUGAUCUUCAAGGUGAUAAUGAAUGUACUGUGGCACAGAGAGGUUACCUACGCUGAGUGAGGUCUCUUACACUGAGGGAGGCUUUCAAACAACUGUUUUUAUUUUGACAAUGUUUAGUUCGAGACUCUGCUGUUAUCUGCGGUCCUGCUCGCUGAACACACAUCCUGAUUACCAAAGAGGAAGUAGCAACAUAAUCUCAUCAUCUGCUCUUAUCUGCAGUUUUAUUGGAUUGCAAAAUAAGGUGCACAACUUGAAAACCCAAAAGCUGUUUAUCAAAGCAAGGAGAUAAUGAAGUCAUCUGUUGGGGGGUGAAAUCCUACAUAAAAAAAAUGUAUUUGGAUAUGUAAAGGUUUUACCCAUAAUGCAUUUCAAACUACAGUUUCAUCACAUGUAGGCCCAUAUCAAAAUGCAUGUGAGCAACAUGUUGAAGUGUUCUUGUACACUUUGGUAGAUGCAAAAUGCAUUUUAAUGGACAGAUUUCAAAUAUAAAACUUAAUCUUACUUAAAGGUCCAGUGUGAAGGAUUUAGUGGCCUGUAGCAGGGAGGCAGCAGAACUGAAACAUGUCCCAUGUGACAGAAGUGUAGAACAACUCUUGCCAUCACAAAAAUGUUAAUGACCCUAUCUGAAAUGAGUGUUUGGCAGGGGUUUGGACUCAAGUCACAUGACUUGAGUCACAAAUUUGAUGACUUUAGACUCGACUGGGCAAAAUCAAAAAAGACUUGCAACUUGUGACCUCACUUCACACCAAUGACUCGUGACUUCACUUGGACGUUAGCCUUUUGACUUGAAGAUACUUGGUUCUUUCCAUCAAACUAAUGUGGAAAGAAAAAGUUAAAGACAUUUUUCCAUUCUGAGAUUUUUCUUUUACUACGCACAUUAUUCAAUACUUCUGUAAAUGUGCCAGUGUUAGCCAGCGAAACACUGACUUGGUCCCACAUCUGGUGUUUGUUUGUCUGUUCUGGGCUACUGUAGAACAACAUGGUGGACUCCCUGGAAGAGGAACUGCUGCGUUUGUAGAAAUAAUCAUCUCAUUCUGAGGUGACCAAAACACAACAAUUCUUAUUUUCAGGUGAUUGUAAAUUAAUUAAAACAUUAUAAUGAAUAUUGUAUGAAAUUCUUCAUAUACACGGCCAUGAACCCUGCACACACUGGACCUUUACAGGUGCCCUGUGGAGUUUUGUAAACAAACAAAUGCGAUGUUUACUUUUAGUCUUACUCACCAAAACACAUAUUGUGAUUUCCCCCUAAACCAUCCUCAAAGCCGACUUUUGAAAUGUUUUAAACCGUGCGUUGUUUACAUACAUGUUUGCUAGCCAGCAGGUGUCUUCUUUACAACUUUACUGUUUUACAAACAAACAAGGACUUACUGGAAAAAAAUUGCUCCAUAGUGCUCGGGGCUGCGUAUCAGUACUCAAUGCCUUCAACGUGACUACUGAAAUAACCCAGCAGUAAGUGGUAUUGAAAUGUCUCCAGUCAAACGAUAACUGCAUUCAAUCCUUUUUGCACCUGGAGUCUGACUAGCAAACUUUCUCUCUUUCUUAGCAAACGGUCAGUCCAACGUCUGCCCGGUUAGCAAGAGUUAACACAGCAGCAGCGGCGGCUAACAUCCAACACCGAGCCGUUAAGGGGCCCAGCAAACGCAUACCGAAACUAAAAAGGCCUCGACUCAAUCUUUAAACCCGUUAAUAACAUCAGGUAAUGUUAGCCAUGUAAUGUUGCAUAUGCAGCCCAUUGUUUGUGGCCAUGCAGACUGUAGACAUAAUAACCAGGCUGACUGCACAUGCUCCACACUCCAGUCCAGUCCAAAACACUGCUGUCAAGCCAGCCGCAGUCACCUCACCACGGUGAAGUCAGUUUAAAGUUGGAUAUUUCACAGAUCCAGCAGCAUCGUUUCACUUUCAGCCAAUAUCGGCAGCAGGAGGACGAUAAGCUCACCUCCCCGCCCUCCUAUUUACUGUGGGGAGCUGUCGUACAGUGAACAGAGCUGCGUACGUGUCUGCGUGACCAGCAGCAGCAGCUAUAACCCAUAGCGUCUGUAGUGUCGUGACGGGGAGCGCGGCGUAUUUGACAGAGUUGGCAGUUCCGGUGCCAAGAUGCCACCAAAACAUUCAAAAGUGUGGCUGUAUACUCUCGACACUCCAAAUGAGUGCUGAAUGAAAUACUCUUUUGUUAGCGGUGUCACUUUAAGGGUCCUUUUAUCGUUACACAGCCCUAACAGCACUGCUAGAGGUUGAUGAAAUCCACAGGGGUACCGUGAAGUCUCAAAUACAUAAAAAGAUAAAGUAGAGCAACAAAGUGUUUGAAAUGCAUUCUGAAACAGGGACAACCAGUUUUCUCAGAUUACACUAGAAACAUUUUAUACACUUAAAUAUAAUAAUUUUAUAUUUUCUUCCUCUUAUCAAAAAUAUAAAGUGGUAAUUUUUGUACACAAUUUGUACACAGUCAUUUUGACAUGCACUGUAAAAUGUGUUUCCAUGUGUAAGAGAGAACGAGUCGUCUGCAAACAACUGCAGGCCUCACAGUAAUGCAACAAACUGGUUUGUCAUAGGGGUGGAGGCCGGGUUGUGUACGCAGGGAUAUAGCAGCGGAGCAACACUUGAAUGGAGCAGAAUCAUACUACUGUCACAGGUCCAGCAGAGGAAAAUACUCUCAGCAAAUGUGCUGCAAGAAGCCUGAAAAGCUUCAAAGAUGAUGUAAGCCCAGUGAAUUUUGGCCGACGAAUAUUUCUUCUUCUCUUUUAUAUGGAAAAGAGUCAAGUUUGGGAUGUGUGGAAAUUUGGGCUGCGUGAGCAGAUAACAGCUGUCGAAAUGCUAUCCCUCCUUAGCACGGGAAAGCACUCAACAAUGAGGAAAUAGUAUGUAAAAAAUGUAGAAGACAGAUAAGGACCAUCAGACGGAUUUUUGAAGGGCAAUAAGACAAGUAGAUAUUUUGUGAUAAUCAUGAAAAUAUACAGUUUCAGCUUUACAAGUGCAAGAGACUCAGCGUAUUCUCUCAAACAUGUCAGAUCUCUUAUUUUUCUAUCAAUCUCUAUUUUUGUACAGUUUGUGUUCGGCUGAUGUAGCAGGCAGAUUCAAAGCUGUGUCGUUGAGUAUUUUGUGGCAUGUGCGAAUUUGUGUUUUAUUUUGGCUGAUGACGAGCAGCGCAGGUGGACACGGCGGCUAUGCUGAGAUGCAGAUUUAGCUUGUGUUCAUUGUACAGUGUGCUCGGAGUUGUUUCAUAUGGGUUUCUGUUGCUCUAAAGAGAUUGUUUCACUGUUGUACGUGUUGUUUUUAACUGCUGUCCUGUUGGGACAUGAAAAUAAUGAUCUGAUAAAUGUGUUCAAGUUGAUCAACUUGAGAAUUAAAAGCAAAAAAAGGCCAACAGACAAAA